AUGGCUCCCCACGCUGCGGUCCCCAAACGGGGAGGGCACGGCCUCGCCAUAGGCCUCGUCGUCCUCUUCAUAGAUGCGGUCGUCUGCCUGGUCCUCGCGCUCGCGGGCGUCAUACCGGGCUUCCACCGUAAGGUCGCGGCCGCUCCCGCUGCCUCCGUAGUCGCCGCCGCCCCCGCUGCCUCCGCGGUGGUGGUGCCGGCCGAGACGGCUAUCCCGGUCGACUGUUCCCUCGGUCCCUGGAGCGAGUGGAGCGACUGCACCCAGGCGGGUACCCAGAGCAGGACGCGCGUCGCGACCGUGCAGCCGGCGAACGGGGGCCAAGCAUGCGGGGCUCUCCUGGACACGCAGGCGUGCACGUACGUCCCGCCCCUCGAUUCCGUCCCUUUCUCGCCCACCGUCGCCGGCAUGGUGGGCGGGAAGCAGGGGCCGGGCGUGACGUGGAAGCAGGCGGUCGGGGGUCAGGGAUCGAGCGGGUUCACGGCCUCCCUCUGGUUCUCGACCCCGGACGUGACCAAGCAGCAACAACUCUUGAACGGCGGGCGCACCGCGGCCGGCCAGGACGUCGGGCCCUUCACGUGGCAGCUGGUCGUCCGCGACGGCAAGGUGCAGUUCGGAGGCAGCACGGUGAAUUACAAGGAGGCCGCCACCGCGGGAACCCUGGCACCCGACAGUUGGAACCACGUGGCGAUGGUGUUCGACGGCAUCAACAACGUGUCGUUGUACCUGAACGGCGUGGUCGCCGCCACCAGCUGGACGAACAACCUGUACAACGACGCCGACAUCCUGCUCGGCAUCCUGGGAGGAGGGGGCCAGGCCUUCGCCGGCCAGAUGAAGGGCUUCGCGAUCUUCGCCGGUGCCCUCUCAGCCGCCGCCUGCAAUUCGCUCUACCUGCACCCCACGCAGCUCUCGUUCGUGACGGACCCCAAGAAGGUCCUCCUCCGCUACGACACCGGAGAAGCUUUCUGCGAUCGUUCGCCCAGCACCAUCAGGCACGUGGGACGGCGGGAGGCCCCAGCCCGAUGCUUCUCGGAGCGACGCGUCGUAACCGAGCAGAGGCGGCGCCUCCGCUUCCCUCGGGUAGGCGAUGAGGCAGAGAACGAUGAGCGCCAUGCGUACGCGGUGGUGGGUGACCAUGUGAGGAUGCUCGCAUACAGGGGUACCCUCUAA